ACCGCCGCUCACCGACGGCGAACAACUCCACCGCCGCCGUCGCAUCCGUCCGCCGUACGCCCGUCCGUCCGGUCAUCAGGUCUCUGCAGUGCAGCCGCGCUCCAGUCAGAUUCGAGAGGUCGCGCGCGCACCUACGGAAUACAAAUAUUUAUCAUUAUUGUUAUUAUUAUUAUUAUUAUUAUUAUUACUAUUGUCGUUUAACUCGGCGGUGCCCGCACGCGCACGCGCACACGUAGUACCCGGUAAAUCCGAUUUCGAUUUAAGAUAUUAAGAAACACGCGGGUGUAUACCCAUAAUACUAUACUGCGGGUGAAUAAUAUCGACAUUACACCUACGCCGUACCUGCUCACCCGGGUACCAUCAUCAUCGUCUUCUACGCUACACAAAAGUUUUCUACACCGACGAAUUUUCGCAUAUUCCUCUUCACACGACGGGAGCAUCUCUUGGUUUUCCGACUCCACGCGCUCGGACCAGCGGAUCAUCGAUCCAACGCGACAUACGAGUGAUGCACCUGAAUCGCCGUUGCAGUUGUAGUCGCUGUUGCUGGACUAAAGAACAUAUUAUUAUACGUUCAUAGUACCGCUGUUUCACAUUAGUGCACAGACAUACAAACAGACAGGUGGGAACAAGUGGACAGACAGCCAGACGGACGCCACAAUACACGCGUUGCACGUUAUGAUGAUGACCAACUGUCUGCAGCAGAGCGUGUGCGCUGAGGCGACGGCCAUGCAGGCGAUGGAAUUGCACCGUCGGAAUAGCGGGGGCGGAGGCGAUCAAUCGAUCGGCAAGUCCGGUCGCGACGACGGUUCGGCUACCGAAUACAACGACGACCGAGUGCAGCCCACUUCCGGCGGUCGUCUGAACGGUUCGGCCGAGCGUCCGUUGAAGUUCAGCAUAGACAACAUAUUGCGACCGGAAUUCGGUGGCGGUACCGGAAGCUUGGCCACGUCCGGUGGCAGUCCUCCGACGGUGUUCAACCCGUACGACCACCAUCACAGACACUACCACCCCCACCUUCACAAUCUCCAACAACAGCAACAACAACAACACCUCCACCUCAACCACAUCGACCGUCUGAAUCACCUAAACUAUCAACUCCAUCAUCUCAGCCAACUCAGUCACAACGCUGCUACGGUGGCCGUCAACGCCAAUACGGCGGUUCGUGCGGCCGCGACGGCUAUCAACGAUUCGGCCGGCCCGGCGUCGUCAGAUCACGAAAAGUCCAACAGCAGCAGACGGUCCUCGUCGUCGUCCACCGUCGAACCGCUGAGCUCGCCCAUUGAUCUAUCGUGUUCCGACUCGCAGACCUGCGCUAACCCCGCCAACUCGAUAACCGCGAGCACCACUACUGUCGCCGCAGCCGCUGCCCACGCCACCGCCAACGCCACGCACGUUACGACCAGCACUGGUUCCAUAGACGCAGCCAUCAAUGCAGUUGCUGAUAAAGAGGGCUCUCAACAAUGGCCGGCCUGGGUGUACUGCACUAGAUACUCGGAUCGCCCUUCUUCCGAAAGUGCAGAAAAACCUGAAAAUAGUACCACAUGUAUGGGUAACACUAUAAAUGAUGAUAUUAUGAAGAUACUAAAACCUGAAAAUGUUCAGAGCAGUGAGUAUGAAAUUAACUGUGAUCGUGAUCCAGGUAGAAAUUUCAAAAAUGCAUAUAACUUACUUUGUUCUGGUCUCGGUCCAUAUCAGCCAACUGAUUGUGACUUCCCUAAAGUUAAUGGCAGAAAAUUUAGAAUAGAAUGGUAUGUGAAAUAUCCAUGGCUUGAGUACAGUCCUUCACAAAAUUCAGUAUUUUGUUUUUAUUGUCGUGCGUUACCGUCUGCCAGUUGUGAUCAAGCAUUUAUAACUAAUGGUUUUAAAUCUUGGAAAAAAAUGAAUGAAUAUUCUACUAAUCAUUCCAAAAGUUUUGGCCAUAAGGAAUCUUUGACCAAAUAUGCUGGCUUAAAAUCAGCUAUUAAACAUGGUAAUGUCAUAUCUAAAAUUGAUAGUAAUCAUAAGAAAGUUGUAAAAGAAAAUAGAGAAUAUAUAAAAUGUUUAUUGGAAACUCUUUUAUACUGUGCUUACCAAGGUAUCCCAAUUCGAGGACAUAGAGAAAAUGAAGAUUCUGAAAACAUGGGCAAUUUUUUAGAAUUGAUGAAAUUACGAGCAAAAGAUAAUAAUAUCUUGGAUCGUUACUUUUUACAAAAAGAGAAAUCUUUCAGAUAUGUGACUGGUACAUAUACUAAUGAAUUUAUUAGUUUAAUGGCUGCGUUUGUAACAAAAAACAUUAUCAAGGACAUACAAUUGGCUGGUAUUUAUAGUAUAUUAAUUGAUGAAACACAGGAUCUUGCUAGGCAUGAACAAGUAUCAUUCAUCAUACGUUAUGUUGAUGGUAAUUUAAACCCCCAUGAAGUUUUCAUAGGAUUUUAUAGAACAGCCCGAACUGAUGGUGAGUGUUUGACUAAUUUAAUAAAAGUGGUACUCAAUAGUUAUAAUCUUAGAAUUGAAGAUUUAAGAGGUCAAUGUUAUGACGGUGCAGCUUCUAUGAGAGGGUCUUAUAAUGGUGUUCAGGCUAAAAUACGAACUGAAAAUCCAUUAGCAUUUUAUGUUCAUUGUCAUGCACACAUUCUAAAUCUUUGUUUGGUUGAUUUGGCUAAACAAGUUUCAUAUGUGAGAAAUACAUUUGGGACAUUAAAGGCUUUGCAUAAUUUUAUUGGUGCCUCUUCUAAAAGAUAUGAAAUAUUUGAGCAAAUACGGAUUAAAAUGGGCGAUAAAAUUGGACCAAAAACUUUAAAAAGUUUGAGUGACACAAGAUGGAGUUGUAGGAUAGAUGCAUUAGACUCAGUUCUGUCCAAUUUUACGGUCAUUCUCAAAACUCUAGAAGACAUAUCAGAACAAGAUUCAAUAUAUGGAUCUGAUGCUUCUUCGUUGCUUUUUUCUAUAUCAAACUUUGAAUUUGUGUUCUGCAUUGUUUUUUUAAAUGAUGUAAUGCGAGAAACUAAUAUCUUAUCAAAAUAUUUGCAAUCCCCUAAUAUUAAUUAUGCAAAUGUAAAUACAAUGACACUUCAAACAGUAGCUAUUUUAAAUGAGCAUAGAUCAGUUACAGAAUUCGAUAAAACUUGGAACAAAGCUAUGAAAAUAACAAAAAAAAACAAUAUUAGCUCUCCAAAACUUCCCAGAAAAAGAACUAUUCCACUAAAAUUGGGAGGAGGUCAAGUUAAUUCUACAAACAUAAUAAGUGUUCAAGAUAUGUAUAAAAUUAAUAUCUAUUACAUUGUUUUAGAUAUUGUAAUAAAAGAAAUACAAGACAGAUUUAAAGAAAAUGAUCUUAAUAUACUACAAGCUAUGAAGGAUGUUAUUAUCAGUGAAAAACCUGAAAAUAAUUCAAUAAAAUUAGUAUGUGAAACAUAUAACUUAGAUUUUAACGAAGUCACUAUUGAGCUUGCUAUGUUUAAUCGGAUGUUCAAGACAAAAUAUGAUGAGUUUAACAUCAAUAAUAAAAUAGUAUAUUUGUUAUGUGGUGAUAUACAAAUAGGAUUUACAAAUUACACAAAAAUUAUAAAAAUAUUUUUGACCAUACCAACAAAUACUUCCUCAUGUGAAAGAACAUUUUCCUGCUUAAAACGCUUAAAAAGUUACUUACGAACCAGCAUGGGACAAGAGCGCUUAAGCGGAUUAGCAUUAUUACAAAUUCAAAGAGAAGUGCCAAUUGAUUUUGACAAAGUAAUUGAUGAAUUUGUUUCGAAUGGAGUAGGUGGUAACAGAAAACUCACAUUAAAAUAAAAAUAAUAAAACCUAUUCUUUCUUUUAUUUGUUAAUAAAGUAAUUAAAUUA